AUGGCGGAGAGACCCCCCAGCAGCCCCAGGGUGGCCUGGGAGGAGGUGGCGGCUCCCCGGGAGACCAGGUCUCCAGCGGAGCCCUACGCGGUGACCAUGGUCCAGCCGCUGCAGAUGGGCGAGACGCUGCCAGAGGAGAAUCCAGAGCAUCCAGAGCUCGAACCAGGAUGGGAUUCCGAGGGCAGCUGCUCGCUUUCUUCGCUUGACAGCAGCGAGUCGACCACGGUGUUCGGACUACACCUUGAGCCUUCUCAGGUGACAGACAUUGUCCUCAUUGCGAUCGAGGCCUUGACAGCAGAUGACAUCUCUGACAGGCAGAUGGGCAGCAACAUCCUGGACAUGGUCGUGCUAGACCCUGGCUACUGGCUGACGGACGUGCCAAAGUUCAUGAGGUACAUCCACAAAAACGUGGAGUGCAUCUGCACGGAGCCAGCCCGGCACAGCCUGGACUCCCUUCUCCUCCGAAUGACCGAGUGGUGCCCCAGAGAAGUGGUCAGGAGCCUGUUGAAGAUCUCGCCAACCUGUGACAGCGCUGCCCUGGCCAUGUGGGAGGUGAUGAUCUCCGUGCCUUGGAUUUUGUGGAGCGUCUUGACGGAGCUGCUCAGCGUGCUCCAGGACCAGCGGGUGCGCAAGGUGUUCAGCUGUGCCACAGAGGACGCCUGCAUCUAUCCCUUGGCUAGGGACACAGCCCCUUAG